AUUAUGUAUAAUAUAUAUAUGUAUGCGAUUCAAAGCUACUUGAAAUGACGGACCGUAAGCGAGUGAUGGUGGAUUUGGGUUAUACAUUUAAUGAUUGUUGUUUAAUCUUACUCAUUCGCGUGUAUAAAUAGAUAAAGAAUCUUAUAAGAAAAACUAAUGCGAGUUACUAUCUAUUAUAUUGCAGCGAGCCCUUAUGUACGUCGUACAUUAUUAUACGAAAGAAAAUGUGUCAAUCCCCAUCAACAUUUGUUUUAGAUCAGUGAACAGUAGUCAUGUGAAGAAGGUUAUGACUUUAAGUAGGGAAUCUAAUUGGAAAUUAGGUGUGAAAUUAGUGAUUGUGUAGUGUACGAGUGCUUAGUAUUUUGUGGUGAAGGUGAUUAUUCAGUCUCAAAAUGGCGGACCUCGAGGCUGUGCUGGCCGACGUCAGCUACUUGAUGGCAAUGGAGAAGUCCAAAUGCACUCCAGCAGCAAGAGCCAGCAAAAAAAUCGUUUUACCUGAUCCAAGCGUUCGGAGUGUGAUGCAUAAAUAUAUGGAGAAGAAAAAUGAAGUAAAUUUCGACAAAAUAUUUAAUCAAGUUCUAGGUUAUUUAUUAUUUAAGGAAUUUUGCGAACAAACGUCAGAAGAACCAGUGCCACAAUUAAAAUUUUACGAAGAGAUAAAGUUAUACGAAAAGCAGGAAUGCGUGGAGGAAAGGCGAAGAAUCGCGAGAGAUAUUUAUGACAAUUUUAUAAUGAAGGAACUAUUAGCACAUUCGCACGAUUAUUCUAAAGAAUGCGUCGCGCAUGUACAAAAAUAUCUAAUGAAACACGAGGUACCACCGAAUCUAUUUGAGCCCUAUAUUGAAGAAAUAUUCCAGCAUUUAAGAGGAGAACCGUUUAAAAAUUUCUUAGAAAGUGAUAAAUAUACGAGAUUUUGCCAAUGGAAAAAUUUAGAAUUGAAUAUUCAGUUGACAAUGAACGAUUUUAGCGUACAUCGUAUCAUCGGUCGAGGAGGCUUCGGUGAAGUUUAUGGUUGCCGAAAGGCGGACACGGGGAAGAUGUACGCUAUGAAAUGUUUGGAUAAGAAGCGUAUCAAGAUGAAGCAAGGCGAGACGCUCGCUCUAAACGAGCGAAUCAUGCUCUCUCUAGUCAGUACCGGGGUGGAUUGUCCAUUCAUCGUGUGCAUGACGUACGCGUUUCACACGCCCGACAAGCUUUGCUUCAUUCUGGACCUUAUGAACGGUGGGGAUCUCCAUUACCACCUCUCCCAACAUGGCGUCUUCAAUGAGGCAGAAAUGAAGUUUUAUGCAGCCGAAGUCAUAUUAGGUUUGGAACACAUGCACAAACGGCACAUAGUGUACAGAGAUUUGAAACCAGCGAACAUAUUGCUCGACGAACACGGUCACGUUCGGAUAUCCGACCUUGGACUUGCUUGCGACUUCUCUAAGAAGAAACCGCACGCCAGCGUCGGAACCCAUGGUUACAUGGCACCCGAAGUGCUGUCCAAGGGUACCGGAUACGACUCUUCGGCUGACUGGUUCAGUUUCGGCUGCAUGCUCUACAAGCUUCUGAAAGGUCAUUCGCCCUUCCGCCAACACAAAACUAAGGAUAAACACGAAAUAGACAGGAUGACUCUCACCAUGGUACAUAAUGUCGAACUGCCUGAAUCAUUUAGCCCAAGUCUGAAGAGUUUGUUGGAAGGAUUAUUACAAAGAGAUAUCAACAAGCGACUCGGCUGCAAGGGACGAGGCGCCGACGAGGUGAAGGAGCACGUGUUCUUCGCCGGCAUCGACUGGCAGCAGGUGUACCACCAGAAGUACACGCCGCCGCUCAUCCCGCCGCGCGGGGAGGUCAACGCGGCCGACGCCUUCGACAUCGGCAGCUUCGACGAGGAGGACACCAAGGGCAUCAAGUUGACAGAAGCCGAUCAAGCACAAUACAAAGACUUCCCGCUCGUGAUAUCCGAGCGCUGGCAGUCAGAGGUGGCGGAAACCGUGUUCGAGACGAUCAAUCAGGAGGCUGAUAAACUCGAAAUGAAGAAAAAGUCCAAGCAGAAGCAAAAGUUUGACGCUGACGAAAAAGAGUCUGAUUGCAUAUUGCAUGGAUAUAUCAAAAAGUUAGGCGGACCAUUCGCUAGUGCUUGGCAGACACGUUAUGCCAAACUUUAUCCCAACCGCCUGGAACUCCAUCUCGAGAACAGCGCCAAGCCAGAAAUGAUCCUCCUCGACACCGUCGAAGAAGUGUCCUCCGAUUUGGUCUCCGUCAAAGGCGAGCAGUGUAUCGUGUUGAGGACUAGGAACGAUACCAAAAUCGUUCUAACCAAUACCGACGAGAUCGGACUCAAGGAGUGGGCGAUAUCGCUGCGGUCGGCGCACAAGUGCUCCCAGGAGCUGCUGGCGUCCAUGGCGAAGAAGGCGGGCAAGAUCUACGGCACGGACGGCGCGAAGGAGUCGCUGGCGCUGGGCCGGCCGCCGCCCGCCGCCUCGCCCGCGCCCGCGCGCGCGCCCAACGGGAGCAACUAGCACGAGCUUUCCGCGCCCAACAAGGGCGCGAAGAUGUUCCGCCGCUCCAAGAGCGCCGCGCAGCUCAUCAAGUGAGCGGAACAUGACGAUCGGUGCGAGUGCUGCGAGUGGUGUAGUGAAACCGACCGAAGUACGAUGCCAUGUCGACGUGGUGCGGAUUGUGAGUGGUGUGCCCGUUAGUGUAGUCGGAUCGUCGAUCGAGGAUUGACCGUUGAGGUAUUCUGAUUUAAUAGAUUUAUGAUAUGAAGCUACUAGACGAACGAGCGGACGGCCUCGGCCGUUUCCAUAUUUGUAAACUGAGAGUUCAAUGAGAGCCGCUCGAGUGCGGCGUUAGCGUCGUUCCCCGCCCGAAGCCGCCGCUCGUUAGUAAGGACUAUAGUGACUAUUAGGACUGCCAAUUAUUAAUAAAUAAAUGCUGUUCGUAUUUUUAUUGUUGUACGAAUCGAUGAUAUAGGCAUUCAAUAAAGUGUAUAAAUAAAAUUCCUUUACAGUGACUUUAUUGGGUAUAACUUUUGUAAUUGUUUGCACGGAUUAAAUUUUGUAAUUAUUAAUGUAAACAUUCUGGAUGUUGUAUUUAACUAUGUAAAAUAUUAAUAAAAUAUAAUUCUAGUAGAUAUAGAGAUUACCUAUAUGUCUGUGUUUGUGCAAUAGAUAAUAAAACUAAAAAAAAAAUACAAAUUGACUAAUUGACAUUGGUUAUUAAUAAAAAUUAGUGUCUUGACAUUUCGAUUCGAAAGUGUAUAUUGAUAGUUGCUUGAAAUUAAUCGAUUUAAAUUAUAAUUAGAGAAUCUAGCACUUCAGUUACAUCUGUCUAUUGCACAAUAUGUAUAAAAUAUAACUUAUAUUGUAUUUAUGUUAUCUCUGCUGGCUCUCUUGUGCAAUUUGAAUAAGUUUGCAUUGCAUUAUGUGUAGUUAAAUCAAUUUUGCAAUUAUUUAUUACAAGGUACUUAAAUUUAUAUUUGUUUCAUAUCUACUGUUGCAUAUGCAAUAAGUUUGUUAUUUAUUCAAAUAGAAAAAGAUAUAUAAGUAAAGUUAUUAUAAAAAUAAUCUCCUUUCAUAUGAAAUAUAGAGGCAAUACUUUUCUAACUACCUUAGGUGUGGUAAUAACAAUAGUUGUGAAGAAAAUAAUUAAUUAGAGAGAAUUUAAAUGAUAUUCCAAUUUUAAGAAUUUUAUCAUAAUUAUGUUCUCCACAUGAUGUUGAAAGUGACUUUUACAGAGACAUUUGUAUGUUUUAUAACAAUGCAAUUUAUUUAAACGAAAGUUUAUGUCUGAUACAGAUUUAAUUGUUUGUCUCCUACUAAAUUAUAUCACAAUUUUAAGUGCAUGUCGUAAAUCUGGAUCGAAAUAGUCUGAUUGUUUUAAACAAUAUAAAAUAAUAUUUUCGAGAAAUUUAAUUAAUUAUUUAUUAUUAUCAAGAGCUAUCUGAGUACUAGUGUUCAAUAUGAUAUAAUAAUACUGAGUUUAUAAUUAAUUAGGCCAUAAAUUAACAAGCAUUUUGGUGGUUGAUUAUAUCUGAUGAGUGUAUGCGGACACCUCAGUAUGUUUAAACAUGCAAAGGUGACAGGGUGUGAUGUUAUUUUGAAUUAAUAGUUAUUAUUGUAAUAUUGUAGUAUAAAACGAUGCAAUAAAUUUUUAAUUGUACAUAUUAUACUAUUAAAGGCGUAAUAUAAGAAGUCGUAAAAGUCCUAUUAGCUAGUAAAGUAGGAACUUUUCGUUUUACCGAUAGAUAUUUUCUGCCUACCUAUUAGUAAACUCAUUAGAUUUCCGAACUGUGUUUUAUGGAUUCAGAAUUAUUUCGAUUUAAAUAAUAUAUAUUACUUUUGAACUCAUAGUUAGAUGGGUAAAUAUAAUAUAUUAUGUAAUGCAUUUGAAGCUAGUUUCUAAUUAUAUUACAACUUACAUUACAAAGAAAACAAAAAAAAUUUAGAUAGUUUUUUUUUAUAAUAUAAUAAUAUUCUUAAAUAUGGUAAUUGCGCUUAUAAAGUAAGUUCAAUCCAGGUUAUGCCAAUUAUACAACUUAUAAUAGUUAUUCAUAUAAACCCCGGUCUUUUUUAUGUUAUUCUACUCAAAAUAUAUUGCAUACUAAAAUACAUCAAUAAUAUAAAGUAAUCAAAUCAAAAAAAUCCAUCUUCUCUUGAUUUUCAAAACUGGUUAUAUAAAAAUCAUAAUUUUAGAAAUACAUGUUUUAUUUGAUAAAACAUUGUUAUCAUAUAUAAAUAUGGUUCAUAAAGAUUGUAGAUAAGUUACAAUUAAAUAUAAAUGUCAGCUGACAACAUGUAUAAAAUAAUGAAUAUUUAUUCUCUAAUGUUAGAUUUUAUUUUAUAUGUAACUUUUUAUAUAUUAUUUUAUAUUUAAACUCGGCACCUUAUGUAAUAAUAAUAAUAGUGUAUGGAUUAGAUGCUAGUCAAUUGAAUUUACACAACUGGAUAAUUGAAUGAAGUUAUUUUGAAAAUACAAUAGAUAUUUACAGCUUCAACAGUAUUAUAGGUUAGGUUGUUUGAUAAAAUCAUUCUGUCUAAUGUGAUUAAAAUAUUGUUUUAAAAUGUAUAUUCGCAUGUAGGAGGCUUCAGUGUUUGUCUUUAACUAAAUUUAUAUUUAUUUUUGUUGCUUCUGCUCUUUACUUCUAAACAUUGGUUGAGUAGCUUCAUGUGUGGCUAUUAAGCUAUCGCAAAAUUUUCAGUAAUAUAAUACAAUUAUGUAAACAAUAUGUAGGCUACAAUGGAUUUAUGAAUUCUCAACAUUCCGUUUUGCCAAAUUAGUAUUAAAUAAUAAUGUAAAAAAAGCAUUUAAGGUUUUUUCUAUUGUUUGUAAUUUGCUUUUCACCACAUUACAUAGCAUAUAUUGAUAUUCGAAGUUAAUUUGUUUAUGUAGUUGGUUAUAGAACAAUACACACAGCUAGAUCUGUAUCAGACAAUGUGUUAUCGUACAUACCUCUUUUUAGAAAAUAUUUUUAUUGUGAACCUACAUUAUGUGUAGUAAAUUGUUUAUUUAAUCAUAAA